GAUUAAGAGUCUUGCAUGUUACGGUGAUCGUGGGGUUGUUUCGACCUCGUUGAAAGUGGAAGUUUUAUGCAAAGAAGUUGAAAAAAUUUCAUAUUUCGAAUUUUUUGUAGUUUAUAAAAGUCCUUUUUCAUUUUUGAUUGUCAAUACCAAAAUGCGUUAAGAUACUUCACAGUUUUGUCCCUUAUAGUAAAAGUGGCAGAAUGAAUGAAGAUCACACAAAGAAUGAAGUUUUCUCUGACAUAAAACCAACAUCACAAUCUCUAGAUAAACCCAAGAAUGACAUCAAGUCUUCUGAGUCGACAAACAAUGAUAUUCAAGGCAUAGAAACAAAGGAAAAUACCAGUGGUGCAGAGUGUCUUGUCAAAAAAGACCAUCAUCAAGGAGGAGUUGUAGAAACUUCAACAAAAGAGCUGAGUGGAGAUUCUUGUCAGUUGCAAAAUAGUGAUUAUUUUGCUAAUGAGUCAAACAAUUCAGAAGAACAUAAAGAUCAGUAUGAUUCUUCAUCAAAAGAUCCACAUUCAAGUAAUUCUCAUGAUAGAACUCCUGCAUCAGGAGAUAUAACAGAUCAAGACAGCAGAGAAAACACAGCUGGUUAUGCUUGGAAGAUAUUAGAUGCUGUUCAUGGAGACGACCAGUCUGGUCAAAAUAGUAUAGCAUCAGCAGAUGAAGAUGCUGUUCUGGCUGACGUUGAUGAAAUCUCUCAAGACAGAAUCUCUGAUCCAGACUGUAAUAGUUCCAGGGACAUCCCUGAUUUGACUGAAAACACACAAAGCACAAAUGAUGCCUCAGAUUCAGAAAGAGUAAUGCCUAACCUUGAAAAUAAUAAUUCUAACCACAGUUUAGAUGACAAAAUGGAAGAUUACAGAGAAACAACCAAAGAUGCUGUGAUGGAAGAGUUAUCACACAGUUCAAUGAACUUAUCAGACAGUGGUGCUACCAAAGAACUAAGUGGGAAUGAUGACCAGGUUGUUGACGGUGUCAGUUCUUCAACCGAAGAAUCCCAAAAUAAAGAUGAACCAAUGGAUGUUGAUUCACAUGAAAAAUCGGGCGAAAUAGAUCCCAUGGAAAAUACCUUGGUGAUCUUGGAGACAAAAAGCCUUUCAGAACAAACUAAAAGUGAUACCAGUGUUGAUAUUGAUAGCACACCCGAAAUGUGUGUUACCAUGAUAGCAUCGAAUAAAGAUAAAGAACAAAAAAUCAUUCAUACAACAGGUUCGCAGUCUUCAUCUGUGGUUGCUGGUAAAGGUGAACAAAGUGAUAAGACAAAACUUGCAAAGGAAAACACUUUAGAAAAUAGAAAAAAUAUUGAAAGUUGUGGUACUCUGAGUGCAGAAAAAACUUCAGAAUCUAAAACAAGAGGGCGUGAUACUGAUGAUAAGGUUUCUGGAGCUGAAGAGAGUACAGCAAAUGAUACCGAGACCAAGAAGUUACCAGAAACCAAAGCUAACACUGAAGAGCCCAGUGGGUCAGAGGGAGUAUCCGAUUCCAUUGAAAAAGGGAAAACUGAAUCGCAAAGUGAAUCGACCGGAAAAGAAAAAGGUGUGGGGAUUAAUGCUAUUGCAGACAGACUAGUUCAACAAAUCCAGACUGAACCAUCAACAGAAGAGGAAGUUUUAGAAAAAGAAGAGGAUAAAGAAAAUCAAAAAAAGUCCGAGGAUUCAUCAGAUGGAAAGAAAACAAGUGGAGAUUCUGAAAAUAGCAGUGGUGGUGAUUCCAAGCAAAACGCUACUGAAAUGAAAGGUUACAUCACAGAUACAAUGAAUGAACUCUUGGGUUUAUUUGGAUAUGAAAAAGUUGAUGAAAAUACCAAAGAAACUAUAGGCACAGUUGUGUCUCAAGAGCCCAGUGGGAAUGCCACCAUCACCCCUGCAGUAUCAUCAGCUACACCACCUGCAGAAAUCUCUAAAAAGGAUUCAGGCUCUAGGGAGACUUCUCCACGGUCGUGUGCUGAGUGUGGUGUGACAAAGGGCCUCAAGUACCAGGUCUUGUUUCAAGGAAAGACUCGAUUCUUGUGUUCCGACAACUGCUUCCAAAUCUUCCGAAACAAACAGAAGCUGGCACCACCGCCACCCGGUGUUGGGGGGUCCAGAUCUGCUAUGGAGAGUUGUUCACUGUGUAAAAAAGAAAUAAAGAAUGGGCAAGGGUACUUGCCCCCUACAGGAGAAAAUAAACCAUUGUGCUCUGAGGAGUGUAUGAAAAGAUAUCAGCAGAUUCAUGGGCCUAAACAAGUAUGUGCCCAGUGUCAGAAGGAUAUACAAGGUGGCGAGAAGUGUCUCAUGUGGGAAGCAAUGGAGUUUUGUAGUGAGAAUUGUUUGGGAAAAUACCAGAAGCUUCUGGGAAGUCAUUGCACUUGUUGUCACCUUCCUGUACAACAACCCUCACUUGGUAAAUACUGCGUUCGGUUUGGGUCUGACAUUCGUCAGUUCUGUUCUGGUCGUUGUCUGGAGGAGUUCAAGAAGGGUUUAAAAGUUUGCACAUACUGCCAGAAAGACUUGUCAAAUGGUCAAGAAGGGUUCCUUGCACCUGUUGGGGAGAAAGGUCAGUUUAAAGACUUUUGUAGCCAGAUGUGUAUGGAGAGAUACGAGAUGAUGAAUUGUCCUGCAACUCCAAAACAGUCCCAGAAAUGUUCCGUUUGCAACAAAGUAGCCCCAUCCAAAGUUCAGGUGAAAUACGAAGAGAAAUUGCACCCAUUGUGUAGUGACCCUUGUAUAGCUGCAUUUCGUUACGCCAAUAAGAUCAAUACAAAUAUUUGUGACACCUGUCACAAAUUUUUCGAUUCCAAAGUAGCCCCUAGGAUAUCAUUACAGUUUGAAGGACAACGGAAGAGGUUUUGUUCAUCAUCGUGCAUGAAUAUGUUUGUGUUAUCCAAUCGGAAAAUUGUUCCUUGUACUUGGUGUAAGGUCAAGAAGUACAACUUUGAUAUGAUAGAACGAGUGGACUCAAACAACCACGUUCAGCUGUUUUGCUCUUUGAAUUGCCUCUCCCUUUUUCGUGUCAGUUUAAAUGCUACCUCAUCUCGGAGUGUGGCUUGCGAUCAUUGCCGUAAAAUGUUACCUGCCCAGUAUCACUUAACCAUGAGUGAUGCUUCCAUCAGGAACUUUUGUUCGUAUCCUUGUGUGAUAAAGUUCCAGAAUAAAUUCACCAGCGUUCCAACUUUAACCACGUCAACUCCAAGUGUUCGACAGAAUUCAUCAACCGUUUCAGCCAAGGUCACCACAACACAGAGUCCCACUCCAGUCAUCUCAUCUGUAAUGUCUCUUGCUCCAGUUCGAGCACCGACCACGCAAACAGUAGUACCAAAAAGCAUGAAAGCAGCCCAACCGACCCGUGCAUCAGUUCGAGCCAGUCAACCACCACCAUUAACUACUAUCAACAACAAAACUCAUACAGUUGCUACGGUGGAUUCGGUAAAAACACCACCUAUCAAGUCAACCGCAACAGUCACAGUAACAACCACGCCCAGCACACCACAACAACAGCCUCAGGUGAUUCGGGAAGUUAUAGUGAAGCCAGCUGCCCCCAGACCACUGAAGAACAAGGCCCUUCUGUGUAAACCUCUAAUGCAGACGAAAGGCGUAUCCUGUAAACCUCAUCCUUGUCAUAAGGACACUCAAACAGAUGAGAAAAUAUUUACUCCAAUGGUCAUUCCAGUCCCUGUUCCAAUUUAUGUUCCAGCACCCAUGAGAAUGUACAGUGAACCCACCCCUGUGCCAUUUCCAUUUCCAAUUCCCAUCCCCGUUCCUAUCUUUGUCCCAACUACGAAAGACUCUUCUGAUAACAUUGUUCAAACUAUUAAAGAAAUACAGGAGAAGAUCCCGGAGAAUCCUUUUGAAGCUGACCUGCUGAUGAUGGCUGAGAGUCUAGCUGCAGAUGGAGAAGAGAAUGAUAAGGAUGAAAAGAAACUCGACUUGGGUCUUUUAGAGACGGAGACCAAGAACCCAGACCCACUACCCACGCUUACGUCGUUUGGUGAUGAAUUUAUGCAGUCCCUGCUACCGGCGAGCUCUGACUUGACAGAACCAAUAUUGGAUCUUGAAGAGGCCCUUGCCCCUAAUUUGUCCUUGCAAGAAGGUAAUCGAGAACAACCUGCUGAUGAAGAAGGGUCAACCCCUACAAGGCAGUUACGCUCUCGUCAGAAGGGCAGUAAAAGAUCCGGGGGUGGAAGAAAUCGUGGUCGUAGUAAACGUGCUAAAUUGGAGGAGCCCGAAUCAGAUCUUCCAUCAGCAGUUGACAAUUCCGAAGCCUCUCUGGCUGAUGCAAACUUUUGUUUGAAGUUCACAUUUGGGGUCAAAGCCUGGAAGCACUGGGUGGUCCAAAAGAACUUUCAGCUGGAGAAAGGAUCCCAGUCACGAAAACUCAAGCUCUUUAAAACAGACUUGUUGCAGCUUUCGCCAGAUGAGCUCAACUAUUCUCUGUGUCUGUUCGUAAAAGAAGUCCGCAAACCGAAUGGGGAAGAAUACGCUCCUGAUAGUAUUUAUUAUCUUUGUCUAGGGAUCCAGCAGUAUCUAUUUGAAAACCAGAGAAUAGACAACAUCUUCACAGAUCCUUACUACGAAAAGUUUACGGAGUGUCUGAAUGAAGUCCUACAGAAGUUUGAAGUGACAUUGGCUACUGAUGUGACCUAUGUUUCUCGGGUGGAAGAAGAAGUACUGUGGGAGUCGAGACAACUUGGGGCACACUCUCCCCAUGUCUUGCUGAAUACACUGAUGUACUUCAACACUAAAUAUUUUCUGUUGACAACGGUUGACGAUCACAUGCAGUUGUCUUUCAGCCACAUUAUGAAGCACUGGCGGAAAAAUUCCACAACUUCUAGAACUGCUCCUACCGUUAAAAAUGCAUUACUCCGUUACUACCCACCCAUGAAAGACGGAGAGAAGAAGCGGAAAUACGAACAGGCUGUUUUGGAACAAACAGAAAACCUUGACAACCCUCUCCGUUGUCCAGUCAAGCUGUACGAAUUUUACCUUUCCAAGUGCCCGGAGUGUGUUAAAACACGCACGGAUGCCUUUUAUCUUUACCCAGAACGGUCUUGUGUCCCCGACAGUCCUGUGUGGUAUUCAACGCAGCCAGUAGGGAAAGAUGCCAUUCAGAAGGUGCUCCAGCGAAUCAAGAUGGUGCGAGAAAUCAGUGAACUGUACCAAGAUAUCUGAUUGAAUCACAAUCUGUUAAUGUCUGCUACCAUGUCGAACAGAAUCUGUACAUGAGAAAACUUUCUUUGAGAUGUUUACUUAAGUUUAACCACAACUAAUAAAUUUUUUUAAGUGAGCACUAUAGAAAAAAAAAAAAAAUUGAAGGCCAUGCCUGUGACUACAUUUUACUUUCAUCCAAUUCUUCUUCAUUAUGCAGGUAUUAUCACAACUACAAAUCAUUCAUCAAAAUCAAAGACAAGCUAUGGUGGCUUCCCAGUUGUAAAAAAGGUUUUAAGACCUUGUACCUCCGAGUUUAACAUGUAUAUUUCUGUGGUGUUCAGUCCCGAUAUGUUGGAUGUAAUGCAGCUAAUUAUUUCCCUUUUCUGCCCAAACAUGUAGACUUUCCCGACACAACAAAAAAAGGUGUAUACAUGUUUGUUCAUUUUUUUUUAAAUAAAGUUAUUGGUUAAACUGA